UGAAGGUUGGUGGAUGCACCAUGGGCGGGCAUUGCACCCCCCUCUCUCAAUGAACCACCCUCCCCUUCACACGCACCCUUACCUUUGGCUCCGUGCCCGUCCCUGCUCGCAGGAAAACUUGUAGCAACGAGCCCCGUGCAUAAACCAUCAAACACGACCAGGAAGAGCUCACGCGAUACUCGGUCUCACCUGUUCAAGCAAAUCCCACCGAGAUCAGCCCGCGAGGCGAAACCCGUGUGGACUACAGACAGCUGUUCGGACAUCUGGAAGUCAAGCGGGUAGGCUUCAUCUCACAGUGUAUUUUGUGUCAUCAACCUCAUUUCCCACAAACCCACUGCCACUGCCACUAGAAUCAAUCUAAUCAUCCCCUUGAGGUGAUUAUGAACAACAAGGCCGCUGGGGUGCAGAGCAUCCGAGAAGCACUCGCAAGGCGCAAUGAAGAGGACGAAGACGAGGAAGAAAAGGUGACAGACGACGACGAGGAUGACGACGACGAGGACGAGGACGAUGAGCCCAAAGCCUGCGGUGUGUGCGGAGAUCUGGCAAAGGGAUAUCACUUCAAUGCAUUGACGUGUGAAGGCUGCAAGGGCUUCUUCAGACGUGCCAUAAAGAGGUCAACACAGCUCCGCUGUCCCUUCCUGAACAAAUGCAGCAUAACAAAAAACAACCGACGGUCAUGCCAGGCCUGCCGCUUCCGUAAAUGCCAGGCCAUAGGCAUGCGCAAAGAAAUGGUCAUGUCUGAGAAGGAGGUCUUGGAGAGAAGGAGCCGGAUCAAGAAGAAGAAGCUGCUCGAUGCUCCGGUGCAGCUUUCAUCCCAGCAAGAGGAAACCAUUCAGGAGCUUCUCUGUGGCCACCGCAGCACAUUCGACUCAGCGUUUUACCGCUUCAGUGGCUUCAGGCCUAUGGACAGAAACAUCCUUCCUGGCAGCGAGUCUGCAAGCGAGCCCUCGUACGCCUCCUCCCUCUCCUCCUCCUCCUCCCUCUCGUCGUCGUCCUCCUCCGGCCUCUGUGGCGCCUUUGAAAACCAAGAGAGCCAAGAACAGGGCGAACAGGUCAGGAAGGGCGGCGUUUUCACCGCUCUUCCGCACCUGGCUGACCUCACAACUUAUAUGAUCCAGGACAUCAUCAGCUUCUCCAAAAGUCUUCAGGACUUCCGGUCUUUAAACAUGGGCGACCAAAUUUCUCUGUUGAAGGGAGCCACAUUCGAAAUCAUGCAGGUCCGCUUCAACAUGGUGUUCAACGCAGAAAGAGGAACCUGGGAAUGUGGCCACAUUACAUACUGCAUAGACGACGCUGUACGAGCGGGCUUCCAGCCGCUCCUGCUUGAGCCUCUGUUCAAAUUUCACCACACUCUGCGCAAUCUGGGCCUGCAGGACGAAGAGUAUGUUCUCAUGCAAGCCAUGUCCCUGUUUUCUCCAGAUCGUCCAGGUGUGCAGCAACACGCCAUGAUCGACGAGCUUCAUGAAAACCUGGCGCUGACGCUGAAAACCUGGAUUGACUGCAAGAGAACAGGACCAGAAAAACACCUGCUGUACCCCAAAAUGCUGGCCUGUCUCACCGAGUUAAGAACUAUGAAUGAGGAGUACAGCAAACAGGUUCUGCAGAUCCAGGACAUCGACCCUGACGUUAUCCCUCCGCUCAUAAUGGAGAUGGUCAGCAAAAGCCCCUUUGAUGACUUGUGAUACUGACAUUUUAAACAUGGACAGCUCGGACAAAGACCCCAAACUGAAAACCAGCUGCACGUGAUCUUCAAGUAUUCUGUUUUUUCUGGUCGUCACAAUACUAAAGAAAGAAUUAAGCACUUAAAAAAGCACAAAACCCUGAACCGAUAAAGACGAUCGUUGAUCUCUGAAUCAUGUAUGACCUUCAUGUUCUCCGCACACAAGCUGCAAGUCAAAGAAACCACGAGUGAAGCAGUGUUAAGUUUUGUUAACUGGUUACAGUACUGGUGGAUUAUUUUCUAUUUGUUAUGUGUCAUUUGUUCUGUAUAUACUAAGUACAUAUUGUGAAUGAAUGUCGACUUGUGAGGUUGUUCUUAAAUGAAGUAUUUGCAAAGACAAUGUUUCUAUAUUUGUUAUUUUUUAAAGUCAUGUCUUGAUCCCAUAUUCGUACUGAUUCUUAGCAGGUUCAUAGCGUGUAGAAAAAUGACUAAAUAAACACGGAAAGCAGAGUCUAAAUUCAUACUGUAUAAAACAUUUUGACGUCUGUUUCUGAAGUUUAAUUGGCAGUGACCUCCAAAGUUUGAUUGACAACGGAUAUAUUACACAUGUUGUGCAAAUGAUAAAGUAUAUUUAGAGGAGUGGCAGUGUCUAUGUUCGUGAAC